CGGCUCCGGGUGGGGUCGCCGCAGUCCCGGCUCCCAGCCACCGCCACCCCCCCUCCCCCCAAAAUCCUGCCGGCCAGUGGUGGCCGGAAGUGGUGGCGACUCCGGAGGGAAGUUGAGGCCCCGGUGGGGGCGGGGGCCGCGCGGAGGAGCCUGCCUGACCGGAAGCCUGUCCCCCGCUCCUUCCCCUUUUCACAGCACCUGGGCCCGUUGCUGCCCCGGGCGGGCCGCGUGCGGACUUUGGUCCGGGCGGUAACCGCGGGCAUUUCGGCGGCAGAGGCUCAUUCAUUCGCCGGGCGCGGGCGGGGGCGGAGAGCGCGUGCGCCCCGCGAGGGGGAGCGGCUGGGCCAAGGUCAGGCCCCGUGUGGUCCGCGGUGCAGGGCGAAGGCGGCGGCGGCCGGGCCCGCUGGGUUCCCCGCUCCCGGCCGCCAAGGGGGACACCCCAGGCCACGGAGUUGAGGGCCCCUCGGACCCGCGGGGUCCUGCCAGAUCAGACGGAAAAGUGACCCACAGGCUUGAGAGGCGGCAGCGGGAGUGGACACAGGGUCCGCGGUGCGGGCACCAAGGACAGGGCCCGGGGCAGGGACGCAGAGCUGGACACAGCCCCACCCGCUGUCCAGGACCCUGUGGAGAGGCCGCGGGAGCCCGGGGCGGGGGGGGGCCAUCAGCCCGGCCCAGAGGAGGGACUUGGCUGGGCUCCCCGGUGUUGGCUGGUGCCAGGCCCCAGGUUGGGCAAUGCCGAGGGCCCCGGGCGCGGCGGAGCGGGCCUGGCCGGGCGCACAGGUGCCGCUGAUCCUGGCUUAGCUCCUCCGGAGUCUGUAAGCCUCUUUGCCGGCGCAGCUGGCCGCGCGGCCGCCUCUGCCCGGGGAGCGUUCAUAUCAGAUUCCUCCUGGCCUUAUCUCUCGUCUUUGCCUUUUCCUUCUGGAAGCCUCCCAGAGCCAGCCCGCCCCCCGUUCCCCGCCCCCGGGGUGCAGGGAGGGUGUAUCCCGGCGCUGGCCCGGCUCUCGGGCAGACGCUCUGGGUCUGAACCCCAGCCCCGCACUCAGACCUCUGGGACCUUAGGUAAGGCAGCUGGGGCUCUGCCCGGAUGGAGCAGGGAUGGCGACAGUGUUGACCUUGGAGGGCCUCCUUCCCACACCCCGCGGAGGGGGUAGGGGGUGCAGAGGGCCGCGAAGCCAGGUGCCCCCGGGCUGCCCACUGCCCCUUCUCCAGCCCCGUGACCUUGGCCCUGUCACUUCCUCUUCCCCUAAGGUGGCGAGCACAGCCCACUCUUCAUUGGACAAGCCGUGUCCGCCCUGUGUGGCCACGCGGCCGGUGCAGCCCCUGCUCGGGCGGGAGGGGAGGUCCGUGGGCACGCACGGCUCGGGGCUCCCAGGGGCCAGGCCCAGGGCCGGGCAGAGGGGUUGGGGGUGCAGAGCGGUUCCCGGAGCCCUGGGAGCCCCGCUGGGGGUGAUGUUACCCGCGUGCUCUCCUGGUUCUUGACUUUGUACAGGGAAGAUUUCACAACGCGAGUUCAGGUGACUGAGUACAUUUAUUACAGCGGGACCGCGGCGCGAAGGAGGGACUUGAGAAGAGGAGGAAAGAUCACAGUGGCAGGAAUGAGCCUGGUCUUGGCUGCCUUGGCCCUUAGAGAGCAAGUCAGGGAGGCACCAGAAGCGAGCCAGCCGGUGUUACAGAGAAGGGCCCUGGAGAAAGGGCGCAAGGACACACCCCUUAGGGCGGAGGGAGAGGGACCCACACAUGGAGCUGCGGGAAGAGGCCUGGUCUCCGGGGCCGCUGGAUUCCGAGGACCAGCAGAUGGCCAGUCACGAGAACCCAGUGGACAUCCUCAUCAUGGACGAUGACGACGUGCCCACCUGGCCCCCCACCAAGCUGUCCCCGCCCCCUUCGGCGCCCCCGGCCGGCCCCCCGCCCCGGCCGCGCCCGCCGGCGCCCUACAUCUGCAACGAGUGCGGCAAGAGCUUCAGCCACUGGUCCAAGCUGACGCGGCACCAACGCACGCACACGGGCGAGCGGCCCAACGCCUGCACCGACUGCGGCAAGACCUUCUCGCAGAGCUCGCACCUGGUGCAGCACCGGCGCAUCCACACGGGCGAGAAGCCCUACGCCUGCUCCGAGUGCGGCAAGCGCUUCAGCUGGAGCUCCAACCUCAUGCAGCACCAGCGCAUCCACACGGGCGAGAAGCCCUACGCCUGCCCCGACUGCGGCCGCAGCUUCACGCAGAGCAAGAGCCUGGCCAAGCACCGGCGCUCGCACAGCGGCCUCAAGCCCUUCGUGUGCCCGCGCUGCGGCCGCGGCUUCAGCCAGCCCAAGAGCCUGGCGCGCCACCUGCGGCUGCACCCCGAGCUGUCGGGCCCCGGCGUGGCGGCCAAGGUGCUGGCGGCCAGCGUGCGCCGGGCCAAGGCGCCCGACGAGGCGGCGGCGGCGGACGGCGAGAUCGCCAUCCCGGUGGGCGACGGCGACGGCAUCAUCGUGGUGGGCGCGGCGGGGGAGGGCGCGGCGGGGGCGGCGGCGGCGGGCGCGGGGGCCAAGGCGCCGGGGCCCCGCUCCCGGCGCGCGCCCGCCCCCAAGCCGUACGUGUGCGUGGAGUGCGGCCAGGGCUUCGGGCAGGCGGCCGCGCUCCUGGCGCACCAGCGCGCCCAGCACGAGGACGCGCUCGGGGCGGGCGGCGAGGAGCCCGCGCACAUCUGCGUGGAGUGCGGCGAGGGCUUCGUGCAGGGCGCGGCGCUGCGCAGACACAAGAAGGUCCACGCGGUGGGCGCGCCCUCCGUCUGCAGCCGCUGCGGACAGAGCUACUACCGCGCCGGCGGGGAAGAGGAGGACGACGGGGACGAGGCAGCGGGCGGCCGGUGCAGCGAGUGCCGCGGCGGGGAGGCCCGGUAGGGGUGGGGGCCCGGGGGGGCAGGGCCCCUCGGGCUCGGCGGGAGCGACGGCGCAGGACCCAGAGACCCGGGGAGAAAAUGGACCGAGGGGCCCGGACCCGCAGCGACCUCCCUCCCGGGCCCGUCCCGGGGCGCAAUGGCCUGGGGAGGGGCGCCGGGUGCUCCCCUCGCCACCUUGCCCGCUGCGCCCUCCCCGCGCCCGAGCGCGGACCUUGCUGCCCCCUGUAGGCUCUCGGCCGAGCCCGAGAUAGACGAUGUGAACUAGCGACCAAGCGACGACAAACCCACCCGCGAGACCAGUGCCCGCUUUCUCUUCCCCUCCGUCGGGGGCGUGACAGAGCCGAGAGCAAUCGGGCCCUUCCUUUUGGAGGGGGGCCCAGGGAAGGGAAAGAGGGGUCCUUCUCCCUUUUAGAGUUUUCUUUUAAUUGUACCCACCCCACCCCGUCACCAUUAUUUUCUCCCCUCCCGCGGGCCCCGUCCUCUUUCUCGCCCGAGCCCGCCCUCCCCGUCCUGGGUCGGGGGCGCUGGAGUGCGGAGCAGAGGGGCCCCUCGGAGAACCGUCCUGUUCCGCGGCCUGGGCGCGUGGAGGAGGGGUGCAGGGCCAAUAAAUGGCACUAUCCGA